AUGGCAAGGAAGGGGUAUACACCGGAGCAGAUAAUAGGGAAGCUGCGGGAGGUGGAGGUGCUGGUGCACCAAGGGCAUGCCAUACGAGAAGCUGCAAGGAGGAUAGGUGUAUCUGAUCACACCUACUAUGUGUGGAGGAAGGAGUAUGGCAGCAUGGGUGUGGAGCAGGCGAGGAGGCUCAAGGAGCUGGAGAAGGAGAAUGUAGGGCUUAAGAGGUUGGUGGCGGACCUGAGUUUGGACAAGGACAUACUGAAGGAGGCGUUGAAGGGAAACUCCUGA